AUGGGUAACCUUUUAUGUUGUGUGCAAGUCGACCAAUCCACAGUUGCUAUUAAGGAGCAGUUUGGCAAGUUUUAUGAAGUACUUGAACCAGGAUGCCAUUGUGUUCCUUGGAUAUUUGGAUGUCAGCUGUCCGGCCAUCUCUCACUUCGGCUGCAGCAGUUGGAUGUGCGCUGCGAGACCAAGACAAAGGACAAUGUAUUUGUCAAUGUUGUAGCAUCAAUACAGUACCGUGCCCUGGCAGAAAAGGCAAGCGAUGCUUUCUACAAACUCAGCAACACAAGGACUCAAAUCCAGGCAUAUGUUUUUGAUGUAAUAAGAGCAAGUGUUCCAAAACUCAACUUGGAUGAUGUUUUUGAGCAAAAAAAUGACAUUGCAAAGGCUGUUGAAGACGAACUUGAAAAGGCCAUGUCUGCAUAUGGGUACGAGAUUGUUCAGACACUGAUUGUUGAUAUAGAACCAGAUGAGCACGUGAAGAGAGCAAUGAAUGAAAUCAAUGCAGCUGCAAGGCUGAGGUUGGCAGCAAAUGAGAAGGCAGAGGCUGAAAAAAUUCUGCAAAUCAAGCGAGCUGAAGGUGAGGCUGAGUCUAAAUAUCUCUCAGGAUUGGGUAUUGCUCGCCAGCGGCAAGCAAUUGUGGAUGGCUUGAGAGAUAGUGUGCUAGGUUUUUCAGUUAAUGUGCCCGGAACUAGUGCAAGAGAUGUUAUGGACAUGGUCCUUGUCACCCAGUACUUUGACACCAUGAAGGACAUUGGCGCUGCGAGUAAAUCUUCUGCUGUGUUCAUUCCCCAUGGGCCAGGGGCCGUUCGUGAUGUGGCUACCCAGAUCCGUGAUGGGCUUCUUCAGGCUUCAACCCAUCAUUGAUUUUCUUGCUUUUAUAAGGUUGGUUUGAAACAAGUUUUAUACUCUUAUAUACCCUACAAGGCGUUGGUGUGUUUGAUUUUGCUCUCAUGGUGAUUGUCAUCCAGACAAAACCUAGCACUGUACAUAUAACUAUGAAAAUUAUGAGAUGGUUCUGUUUCAUAGAUGAUG